GCCCGCCGAGUCGCGCUCCACUCAGUCGGCGGCCGGCGAGAGCGGUGCAAGUCAAACACCAGACCGUCGCCACCAUGGCCCCCAUGAAGAAGAGCGCCUCCGUCUCGGAGAAGGAGCGCCACCUGGAGAACGUGGCCACGCUGCUGUUCCACCGCGGCAAGCUGUACAGUGGCGCGGACGACGGCAAGAUCAAGAUGUGGUCGUCCGACCUGAAGCUGGAGGCCGAGGUGCAGGCGCACCCCGUCAACGUGUACUCGCUAGCGGCGGAGGGCGACACGCUCUACUCGUCCUCCAACGACGGCUCCAUCCGCUCCUGGAACAUCCUGGACAACCUCAAGCCGGGGCUCGUCGUCAAGGAGGACUGCGACGUGGAGACCAUGAAGCUCAAGUACGCCAACGACCAGCUGUACGGCGGGGACGUCGACGGCAUGGUGACAGUGUACAAGGGAGCGAAGAAGGUGAAGCAGUACGAGAUCCUGGAGGAGGUAGGGGACAUGGAGGUGCUGGACAACCUGCUGUACACCUGCAGGGACACCUACGUCACCAUCACCGAGAUGCUAGGCAAGAAGAGCGGCUUCACCAUGCGCAAGUCGAUGCAGGGCCGAAGCCCGCUGGCGGUGUCGGAGAGGAGGCUCGUGUUCACGAGCACGGACGGCCGCUGCAUCCAGAUCCACGAGAACAACAAGGAGAACAACUUCGAGGAGGUGGCGGGCGUUCCGGCGCACGAGAUGAUCAUCCAGGCCAUGUGCAUCUCCAAGGACGGCCGCUACGUCUUCACCGGCGGCUACGACCGCUGCGUCCGGCGCUGGGACUUGGACACGCCGCGGGAGUCGGGCGUGACGGGCGAGUUCAACACGGAGCCCGUCGUGAGCAGUCUGUGCGCGGGCGAGAAGGGGCAGAUCUACGUCGGCGGCACGGCGGGCUACCUCGUCAGGGUGGAGGCGGCCUGAUGGCGCCCCUGCCGGGCCCUGCCGCCUUGGUGCGUGGACACAAACAGCUUCACAUCUCCUUUCACGUUGGCCGUUUUUGGAUCUGAACAGGUCCGAGGGAUCAGGUGGGGUGGCACGGCGCAGCGGGUGGAAACUCUUUUGCCGAAAUAGGCAUGCAGAGGUGUUUUGUUCACGCUAGAUCUCAGGAUCCAAGAGAGAUGGGUAAAAUCCGCGGGCAUAUUUGGAAUCCUCAUAAAAUUUCACGUGGCGUAGGGUAUGUUUUAUGACGAGGGUUGAGGAAAAAAUCGAUUACAUUGCCAAAGGAAAAUAAAAAUUGGGCAAAAUAACGUUUUGUGACAAGGAUCGAAACGUUGCAUUGUUCUGCUGUGUGCCUUAAUGCAAGAGAACGGAACCUCGUAGGGUAAUUCACUGGCCAUUUUCAGAAUCCUAAAGAAAUUUUCUGUGCAAAAAGCUGUCGUGAAGUCUGCAUUACUGUAUUGUCACAGUCAACCGUCGCUGUGUAACUUAAACAAGGUAUGCAUCAACUGCAUUGCGUAGAAUUGACAAAACAGCCUGCGAUUGACCGCAUGUUUCAAAGGUACUGACCUUCCAUUUUUGACACCCGAGAAGUGAUUUGCACAGAGAAAAGUGCGCUGAAUUCAGAUCUGUGCUCAAAUUUUGAAUUGGUCUCUCCGUUUUCUCACAUUAAGGAACACAAAAUAGCUAUUUCCGGGAAAAGCGAAAAUUUCGAUCCUUGUUUCAUAGCGUUAUUUUGACGUAUUUUUUACUUUCCUGUGGCAAAAUAACCGAUCAUUUACUCAGCCUCCGACACUAAACAUACCCUACGCCACGUGAAAUUUUAUGAGGAUUCCCAAUAUGCCCGCGGAUUUCACAUAUCUCUCUUGGAUCCUGAGAUCUAGCGUGAACAAAACACCUCUGCAUGCCUAUUUCGGCAAAAGAGUUUCCAGCCGCUGCACGGCGGCGGUGGGGGAACCACGCCAGACCGCCACCCGCCGCCACCGCAGCAGACUGAUUCCGAGAGUCGUUUUCGUCGCUCCGUCUUCCUCGCACUCACGGGUCGACGACAACCUCCCUCGGAAUCAGCCUCCAGGGAAUUAAUUGGCGGGCGCUUCGGCAACGCGUGGACCGUAGGCCGAGCCUCAGGCCGAGCCGCAGGCACCGCAGGGAAGCUUAUUGCCGUUAGCUUAGUGAGAGGGCUUCAAUCGGGAUGGUGGUACGCCGUGGUACGCUGUGCGCGGCACUGCACGAAAAUUAUGUGUGAAGUACGGCGACAUCUGUCAAAAUAGGUCAAAUAACUACAACGAGGAUUGUAAAAAGUGCGGCCGUAAUUAUGAAAAGUACGAGCCCUAGACUGGACUAGGUCGACUACGUUCACUCGUCAUCCGGUCCUAUUGUUCUUUUGUAGUACAAUAAUUGUUGUACUCUGAAAGUACAAUUCAUCCCUGAUAAAAAUUUGCCGGGCUUUGUUGUAGUCUUUUCUAGCAGUGUGUGUGACUUUAGUUCCGCCACUGUCCAGGAACAGCCUUAAUCGCUUCUGUCUCAGUAUGGUCGAUUCUCACGGCUCUUGCAUUUGGGUGCUCGCCCGCCUUGUAUAUAGUUUUGUAAUAAACAAAUGUGCAAAUAAA